UUGAGAGGGACGCACACACAAGUAGGUUGUCCUCAACGCAGCAUAGACAGAACAAACUAAUGUAACUCCUCCAAGGGUCAAAUGAGUAGCAGUCCUAUUUCUUCUCAUCGCAGUUUGUAAUUCUGGAUAUGCCGCAUGUCAGGUGCAGUACAGGAAAGGGACUGAUUCACACACUUCUCAUAGGAACUCCCUGUUUCCUCAGCUCUUACAUUCUACCAAAAUGAAGCAUUCGUCAAAUUCUUUAAUUAAAUAAAUGAAGCAAAGUCCUGUCCCAAUGGAAUACUGACAAUAUCCUGGCUUGGUGUUGACUGUUGAAAUAUGCUCCCACGUGAGAUUAAGACAGGAAAACAACACAGUUACACAGAUGGCUUAAAUUGCUAAACAAAAGCACAGUCUUUAUCCUAACCUGUUAAACAACUGCUCCAAGAUGGCAAACCCCAGCUCACUCUUGUUCACUGAUGGGGCAGUGCAGAGGCAGCCUGAAGAGGAUCAAUAUAUCCUCUAUGGCGUGGCUGAAGAGGAUGCGUGUGAGUUGGGGUUCACUGGGAAGUAUGACCUCAUCCCAUCCAUCGUCUGCUCAGUAUGCUUUCUGUUCGGCCUCAUCUACUGCUUUUUUGGAUACCGCUGCUUUAAGAUGGUCAUGUUUCUGUCCGGCUUCAUGUUUGGGUCUGUACUAGUCUGCAUGUUGUACCAUAAGGAGCCUGUGCUGGACACCCAAUUGACUACAGAGACCAAAGCAGGCAUCCUCCUGGGAGUGGCUGUGCUCUGUGGCCUGGUGACUAUGCUGGUACAGACUGUGGGGUUCAUCAUUACUGGCCUACAUCUGGGGAGUCUGCUCACCCUUGCCAACCUGCUGGUUGUCGGACAGUUUUACAGCCUUACCCCCCUAUGGGCGCCUCUCGGUGCCCUCCUGGCCACGAGCACCUUUUGUGCCAUUCUCACACUGCAGUGGCAGAAACUAUUCACUGUGCUCUCCACGGCUGCAGUCGGUGCCGCUGUGGUGAUGGCGUGUGUGGACUUCUUCGUAGAGAAGUCGCUGCUGGCUGGCCAUGCGUACGACAUCCUGUCUCAGGUUCCUCCUCGUUCCCUCUGCUGGCACAGCUGGGUUAUAACAGGUGUAUGUCCUCUAUUCAGUCUGAUGGGGGUGCUGGUGCAAUGGAUGCUCACUGCCAAAGGAGUGUCCCACACAGAAGUACCUGUCAGUGGCCGACAAAGACAGGUCCAACUGAUGCGAAUCAGACGAAGAGAUGCCCAGAGACGACCCCAGCAGGGCACUUACCGCCAUCGCAAGCCUCCAAUCCUAAAGCGCUAUGCUGGGGACGUCCUGGCCCCAAGUUACAUCCAAAGCAUUCGUGACCGCCAGAUGGGUACAGGCUCCUCUACCAACAGCAACAGCACAGUCAACCACUCCAUGAUUGACUUUGAGACAGGCUCCAUGGUGCCCCUGACUGCCUCCUCCCUAGUUUAUAGGGUCUGAGGGAUGACCACCAAAUACUAGGCAUCCCCUCCCAGUUCCACUUAGGUGCCCUAUACCUCUCUCCAGCAGACCAUUCAUAGACUGUAUUUUGAGAUGACAGAAUGAUUUUUGAGACAAAAAAAAACUAAAUCAAUCUGUUGUUUUGUUUAUUAUUGACAGUCUUAAGGUAUCAGACAGUCAAUCGUAAUAUAACACA